UGACGUCAAUGUCAAAAGCAGCUGUGUUGGCCGAUGAGUUUGUGUUAACACAUAAGAAUGUUUUUUCACCCAUUUCUCAUCCAGAUAGACCCACAGCCUUUCGCUCUGCACAGCUUGAGUCUAGUCGCUCUGCUGGGAGGCCAGUGAGACUACCUUCCCCUCCCCAUGGUGAGCGUGAAUGCUUUUAUUGCCACAAAAAGGGACAUCUCAUUGCAGAUUGUCAGGCAUUAAAGCGUAAACAGCAGCUAUCCUCACAACCAAAAGGGAUGGGACUGAUUAAAGCUACAGAGAGCGGGAGGGCACUUCAACCGAACAAUAACCACCCUGAUCCCUGUUUCAAACCAUUCAUUCUAGAGGGAGUGGUUUCACUGACUGAGAAUCUAAAAGAUCAACAGCCAGUAAAGAUACUGAGAGAUACAGGGGCCUCUCAGUCCAUCAUUAGAGAAGACGUCUUACCGUUUUCAGAGGAGUCAUUUUGCCAGUCUAGGGUUAUUGUCCAGGGAGUAGAACUCGGAUUUGUGUCUGCCCCUUUGCACACCAUUCACAUUCAGUCUUCCUUAGUCAGUGGGAUUGUUAAAGUGGCUAUUCGUUCUGCAUUGCCUAUCCCAGGUAUCGACUUCAUCCUAGGUAAUGACCUUGCUGGAGGCAAGGUCAUGCCCGUUCCUGAAGUGUUAGAUAGACCCGAGCUGAGUCUGGACUCUGACUCCGCCCAAGACCGGCCUGCCAUUUUUCCAGCUUGUGUAGUUACGAGGGCCCAGACAAAAAAGUAUGGCCCUGACUUGGCCGAUUCCUUUAUGAGAUCAGAUCCCUUUGGUGACGUGAUCACAUUUACCUCUGGAUCUGAGGGUCAGGCCAAAGUUCCAUCUGCUGACAAAACACAACAAAUCCUGAAUUUGCCAGUCUCCCGAGAGGAGUUCAUUACUGCACAGAAAAAUGAUGUAACCCUGUCCAAGUGUCAUUCUUCUAUCUUCAGUCACCAGGAUGCCAAGAAGGAAAAGCUGGCUUACUUCUCAGAUGAAGGUCUACUGAUGCGCAGAUGGACGAGUGAGGUCUCAGAAGACGCGGACUGGUCUGCAGUUUAUCAGAUGCCAGCGCAGUUGGGGCCGGAGCGGUGCUUCUCCAGGAGGAUACCCAGGGCAUUGACCAUCCUGUGAGUUACUUCUCUCGGAAGUUUGAUAAACAUCAGCUCAGGUAUUCUACCAUUGAAAAGGAGACCCUUGCUUUGAUGUGGGCCUUGCAACAUUUUGAAGUCUAUAUAGAGUCAGGUCAGAGUUCAGUUCAAGUAUUCACAGAUCACAACCCUUUAGUUUUCCUCUCUAGAAUGUAUAAUCACAACCAGCGGCUUAUGGGUUGGUCACUGAUUAUUCAGAAUUAUACUCUCAAUAUUCAUCACAAAAAAGGUUCAGAAAACAUUGUAGCAGACGCACUCUCCCGUGCUGUUUAGAGAUGUCACCAAACCCUGAGUUUGGUUCUUAAAGGGUGGGGGCGUUACGUGCCAAGAGAUGUGGCUUUGCUGUUGUGUUCUAUUUAUCUUUCAGGUGUCAAGCCUCCUCCUAUUGGCCAAUUCGAAGUUGAUUGGCAUGUGUCUAUUGGCCGGACUGGGCCCAGUUGGCCAAUCACACGCCGAGGACCACUAUAAAUGAGCAGCUCCCUGGCCAGCUGGUGGCUGCUGGCUUCUGCUGUGACAAAUGUUUGCAAACAGGCUUCUUUGUAUUGUGUGUGGUGGGAGGCGGGACAGGUAAGCUGGGGUACCCUAUACACUGGUUGCAGGUUUUAAACUGUUAGACACACCAGGUUAUGCGGUUGAUGCCACUUUUGUAUGUUUUCACUGACUUUUUGUCGAGCAGCUAGGUAGGCCUUUUGUUUUGCCUUUUUGUUUUAGUUAGGCCCUGGAAGCUAUCGACCUCUUUUUGUUUUAUUACUUUCUUUGAUUUGGCUCAACCGCCCAGUCCUCCUCCCCCCACCUUUUUCUGUUAAGUUGACUAUCAAGGCAAGCAAGCAAUAAAUCCUGCCUGAUUCUUAACUGUCCUGUUGUCCUCCUCCUUCAUUGAUUGUGGUUGUCCGGUGUUGCUGUCCCCUUCCUACCUUUGCUUCCACC